CCCACUUCUAGGCGCUGGACGAUCCACACCCCGCCCGGUUCCAUACAUAAAGCAAUUCAAGAUGAAAAAUGCAUAUUCAGCCCUUAUUUCUUCGUCGACGAUUUAAUAGCUAUCUGACGCCACUCAUCUCUGUCGCAUAGAGCUCAAUAAGCAUACACGAUGUCCCACUCCUCCAAUCCGAAGACAAUCUUCAUCACCGGUGCCUCAUCCGGUAUAGGCCUCGCUUCCGCCCUCCUCUUCCACUCCCGCGGUUGGAAUGUCGUCGCCACGAUGCGCAGUCCUUCCAGAGCACCCUCUGUCCUCUCCUCCCUCGCCAUCUCUGACGAGUCUUGUAUACUUAUAACCCGACUCGACGUGACUGACUACGACUCCAUCGAGCCAGCGAUCAAAUCCGGAGUAGACCGGUUCGGAAAGAUCGACGUCUUGUUGAACAAUGCUGGGUACGGGCAGCAAGGACUAUUUGAAGCGAUUUCGAGGGAAAAGGUCAAGGAGCAGUUCAAUGUCAAUCUGUACGGCGUAAUGGACGUCACCCGCCUCAUCCUCCCCCACUUCCGUCAGCACUCUCACUCAAGCAGCACAUCGGAUUCUGGCUCCCAACACGGAAUAGUCAACGUCUCCUCCGGUGCCGGUUUCUGGGGGCUACCCAUCUCCACGCUCUACACCUCAUCCAAAUUCGCCCUCGAAGGCUUCACAGAAUCGCUCUCCUACGAGCUCGCUUCACAGCGCAUCUUCCGUGCGGGUUCUGAGAUGCCGGCUGGGGAUGACGGCAAGGGACUGAGGUUGAGCGACUAUGACACGUUCAUGGAGAAGACGAACGAGAGCUAUAAGCGGAUGGUCGGGGGCGUUAGUAUCUCGAGCGAAGAUGUGGCGAGGAAGAUACUCGAGGCGGUCACGGACGGGUUUUCGGACGAUGGGGCUGAAGAGGAAACGGUGUCGCGAAGGCAGAGGUUGAGGUAUUGGGUGGGGAACGAUGCGAGAGGGUUCGUGAAGGCGAGGUAUGCCUCGAAGGAUGACGAAGAGUAUAUGGGAUUCAUGAGGGGGUAUUUCCAAUGAGGGCUUAUGUUCCUAGUCAGGGAACGAACGCACUGAAAAAGUGGCCCAG